AUGGACAUGGACGUGGACGUGGACGUGGACAUGGACGUGGACAUGGACGUGGACGUGGACGUGGACGUGGACAUGGACAUGGACGUGGACAUGGACGUGGACAUGGACGUGGACAUGGACGUGGACAUGGACGUGGACGUGGACGUGGACGUGGACAUGGACGUGGACGUGGACGUGGACGUGGACAUGGACGUGGACGUGGACGUGGACGUGGACAUGGACGUGGACGUGGACGUGGACAUGGACGUGGACGUGGACGUGGACGUGGACAUGGACGUGGACGUGGACAUGGACGUGGACGUGGACGUGGACGUGGACGUGGACGUGGACGUGGACAUGGACGUGGACAUGGACGUGGACGUGGACGUGGACAUGGACAUGGACGUGGACAUGGACGUGGACAUGGACGUGGACAUGGACGUGGACAUGGACGUGGACGUGGACGUGGACGUGGACGUGGACAUGGACAUGGACGUGGACGUGGACAUGGACAUGGACGUGGACAUGGACGUGGACAUGGACAUGGACAUGGACGUGGACGUGGACAUGGACAUGGACGUGGACGUGGACAUGGACGUGGACGUGGACGUGGACAUGGACAUGGACGUGGACAUGGACGUGGACAUGGACAUGGACAUGGACGUGGACGUGGACAUGGAUGUGGACGUGGACAUGGACGUGGACGUGGACAUGGACAUGGACGUGGACGUGGACGUGGACGUGGACAUGGACGUGGAUAUGGACGUGGAUGUGGACAUGGACGUGGACGUGGACGUGGACGUGGACAUGGACGUGGACAUGGACGUGGACGUGGACGUGGACGUGGACGUGGACAUGGACAUGGACGUGGACGUGGACAUGGACAUGGACGUGGACAUGGACGUGGACAUGGACAUGGACAUGGACGUGGACGUGGACAUGGACAUGGACGUGGACGUGGACGUGGACAUGGACGUGGACGUGGACGUGGACAUGGACAUGGACGUGGACAUGGACGUGGACAUGGACAUGGACAUGGACGUGGACGUGGACAUGGAUGUGGACGUGGACAUGGACGUGGACGUGGACAUGGACAUGGAUGUGGACGUGGACGUGGAUGUGGACAUGGACGUGGACAUGGACGUGGACGUGGACGUGGACAUGGACGUGGACAUGGACGUGGACAUGGACGUGGACAUGGACGUGGACAUGGACAUGGACGUGGACUUGGACGUGGACAUGGACGUGGACAUGGACGUGGACGUGGACGUGGACGUGGACAUGGACGUGGACGUGGACGUGGACAUGGACGUGGACGUGGACAUGGACGUGGACAUGGACGUGGACAUGGACGUGGACGUGGACAUGGACCUGGACGUGGACGUGGACGUGGACGUGGACGUGGACAUGGACGUGGACGUGGACGUGGACCUGGACGUGGACAUGGACGUGGACAUGGACGUGGACUUGGACGUGGACGUGGACGUGGACAUGGACGUGGACAUGGACGUGGACAUGGACAUGGACGUGGACAUGGACGUGGACAUGGACGUGGACAUGGACGUGGACGUGGACGUGGACGUGGACGUGGACGUGGACGUGGACAUGGACGUGGACGUGGACGUGGACAUGGACGUGGACAUUGACGUGGAUAUGGACGUGGACAUGGACGUGGACAUGGACGUGGACAUGGACAUGGACGUGGACAUGGACGUGGACAUGGACGUGGACAUGGACGUGGACAUGGACGUGGACGAGGACGUGGACGUGGACGUGGACAUGGACGUGGACGUGGACGUGGACGUGGACAUGGACGUGGACGUGGACGUGGACAUGGACGUGGACGGGGACGUGGACAUGGACGUGGACAUGGACGUGGACGUGGACGUGGACGUGGACAUGGACAUGGACGUGGACAUGGACGUGGACAUGGACGUGGACAUGGACGUGGACAUGGACGUGGACGUGGACGUGGACGUGGACGUGGACAUGGACGUGGACGUGGACGUGGACGUGGACAUGGACGUGGACGUGGACGUGGACGUGGACAUGGACGUGGACGUGGACGUGGACAUGGACGUGGACGUGGACGUGGACGUGGACGUGGACAUGGACGUGGACGUGGACAUGGACGUGGACGUGGACGUGGACGUGGACGUGGACAUGGACGUGGACAUGGACGUGGACGUGGACGUGGACAUGGACAUGGACGUGGACAUGGACGUGGACAUGGACGUGGACAUGGACGUGGACAUGGACGUGGACGUGGACGUGGACGUGGACGUGGACAUGGACAUGGACGUGGACGUGGACAUGGACAUGGACGUGGACAUGGACGUGGACAUGGACAUGGACAUGGACGUGGACGUGGACAUGGACAUGGACGUGGACGUGGACGUGGACAUGGACGUGGACGUGGACGUGGACAUGGACAUGGACGUGGACAUGGACGUGGACAUGGACAUGGACAUGGACGUGGACGUGGACAUGGAUGUGGACGUGGACAUGGACGUGGACGUGGACAUGGACAUGGACGUGGACGUGGACGUGGACGUGGACAUGGAUGUGGACGUGGACAUGGACAUGGACGUGGACGUGGACGUGGACGUGGACAUGGACAUGGACGUGGACAUGGACGUGGACAUGGACAUGGACGUGGACAUGGACGUGGACGUGGACGUGGACGUGGACGUGGACGUGGAUGUGGACAUGGACGUGGACGUGGACGUGGACAUGGACGUGGACGUGGACGUGGACGUGGACAUGGACGUGGACGUGGACAUGGACGUGGACAUGGACGUGGACAUGGACAUGGACGUGGACGUGGACGUGGACGUGGACAUGGACAUGGACAUGGACAUGGACGUGGACGUGGACGUGGACAUGGACGUGGACAUGGACGUGGACAUGAACGUGGACAUGGACGUGGACAUGGACGUGGACAUGGACGUGGACAUGGACGUGGACAUGGACGUGGACAUGGACAUGGACGUGGACAUGGACGUGGACAUGGACGUGGACAUGGACGUGGACGUGGACAUGGACGUGGAUGUGGACAUGGACGUGGACGUGGACGUGGACAUGGACGUGGACGUGGACGUGGACGUGGACAUGGACGUGGACAUAGACGUGGACAUGGACGUGGACAUGGACGUGGACGUGGACGUGGACGUGGACGUGGACAUGGACGUGAACAUGGACGUGGACGUGGACAUGGACGUGGACAUGGACGUGGACGUGGACGUGGACGUGGACAUGGAGGUGGACGUGGACGUGGAGGUGGACGUGGACGUGGACGUGGACGUGGACAUGGACGUGGACGUGGACGUGGACGUGGACGUGGACGUGGACAUGGACGUGGACGUGGACAUGGACGUGGACAUGGACGUGGACGUGGACAUGGACGUGGACAUGGACGUGGACAUGGACGUGGACAUGGACGUGGACAUGGACAUGGACGUGGACAUGGACGUGGACAUGGACGUGGACGUGGACAUAGACGUGGACAUGGACGUGGACAUGGACGUGGACGUGGACGUGGACAUGGACGUGGACAUGGACGUGGACAUGGACGUGGACAUGGACGUGGACAUGGACAUGGACGUGGACAUGGACGUGGACAUGGACGUGGACAUGGACGUGGACGUGGACGUGGACGUGGACAUGGACGUGGACGUGGACGUGGACAUGGACGUGGACGUGGACAUGGACGUGGACAUGGACGUGGACAUGGACCUGGACGUGGACAUGGACCUGGACGUGGACGUGGACGUGGACGUGGACAUGGACGUGGACGUGGACGUGGACCUGGACGUGGACAUGGACGUGGACAUGGACGUGGACUUGGACGUGGACGUGGACGUGGACAUGGACGUGGACAUGGACGUGGACAUGGACAUGGAUGUGGACAUGGACGUGGACAUGGACGUGGACAUGGACGUGGACGUGGACGUGGACGUGGACGUGGAUGUGGACAUGGACGUGGACGUGGACGUGGACAUGGACGUGGACAUUGACGUGGAUAUGGACGUGGACAUGGACGUGGACAUGGACGUGGACAUGGACAUGGACGUGGACAUGGACGUGGACAUGGACGUGGACAUGAACGUGGACAUGGACGUGGACGUGGACGUGGACGUGGACGUGGACAUGGACGUGGACGUGGACGUGACAUGGACGUGGACGUGGACAUGGACGUGGAAACGGGGACGUGGACAUGGGACGUGGACCAAUGGACCGUGGACGUGGACGUGGACGGGGACGUGGACAUGGACAAUGGACGUGGACAUGGACGUGGGCCAUGUACGUGGACCAUGGACGUGGACAUGGACGUGGACACGUGGACGUGGGACGGGGACAAGGGACGUGGACGUGACGUGGGACAUGGCACGUGGACGUGGACGUGGACACGUGGACAUGGACGUGGACGUGGGACAUGGACGUGGACGUGGACGGUGGACGUGGACGUGGACCAGUGGACAUGGACGUGGACAUGGACGUAGACGUGGACGUGGACGUGGACGUGGACGUGGGACAAUGGACACUGGACGUGUACAUGGAACGUGGACAUGGACGUGGACCAUGGACGUGGACAUGGACGUGGACGUGGACGUGGACGUGGACGUAGACGUGGACAUGGACGUGGACGUGGACAUGGACAUGGACGUGGACAUGGACGUGGACAUGGACAUGGACAUGGACGUGGACGUGGACAUGGACAUGGACGUGGACGUGGACAUGGACGUGGACGUGGACGUGGACAUGGACAUGGACGUGGACAUGGACGUGGACAUGGACCUGGACAUGGACAUGGACGUGGACGUGGACAUGGAUGUGGACGUGGACAUGGACAUGGACGUGGACGUGGACGUGAUGUGGACAUGGACAUGGACGUGGACAUGGACGUGGACCUGGACAUGGACGUGGACCAUGGACGUGGACGUGGACGUGGACGUGGACGUGGAUGUGGACAUGGACGUGGACGUGGACGUGGACAUGGACGUGGACGUGGACGUGGACUUGGACGUGGACAUGGACCGUGGACAUGGACGUGGACAUGGACGUGACAUGGACAUAGACGUGGACGUGGACGUGGACAUGGACAUGGACAUGGACAUGGACGUGGACGUGGACGUGGACAUGGACGUGGACAUGGACGUGGACAUGAACGUGGACAUGGACACGUGGACAUGGACGUGGACAUGGACCGUGGACAUGGACGUGGACGUGGACAUGGACGUGGAUGUGGACAUGGACGUGGACGUGGACGUGGACAUGGACGUGGCCGUGGACGUGGACAUGGACGUGGACAUAGACGUGGACAUGGACGUGGACAUGGACGUGGACGUGGACGUGGACGUGGACAUGGACGUGGACAUGGACGUGGACAUGGACAUGGACAUGGACAUGGACGUGGACAUGGACAUGGACGUGGACAUGGACGUGGACAUGGACUUGGACGUGGACGUGGACGUGGACAUGGACGUGGACGUGACGUGGACAUGGACGUGGACAUGGACGUGGACCAUGGACGUGGACGUGGACAUGGACGUGGACAUGGAUGUGGACGUGGACGUGGACAUGGAGGUGGACGUGGAGGUGGACGUGGACGUGGACGUGGACGUGGACGUGGACAUGGACGUGGACGUCGACGUGGACGUGGACGUAGACGUGGACGUGGACGUGGACAUGGAUGUGGACGUGGACAUGGACGUGGACGUGGACGUGGACGUGGACGUGGACAUGGACGUGUACGUGGACGUGGACAUGGACGUGGAUGUGGACAUGGACAUGGAUGUGGACAUGGACCAGGACGUGGACAUGGACGUGGACGUGGAUGUGGACAUGGACGUGGACGUGGACGUGGAGGACUUGGACGUGGACAUGGACAUGGACUUGGACGUGGACGUAGACGUGGACGUGGACGUGGACAUGGACAUGGACGUGGACAUGGACGUGGACAUAAACGUGGACGUGGACGUCGACGUGGACGUGGAUGUAGACGUGUGGACGUGGACAUGGACGUGGACGUAG